AUGACCUUCUUGCGACAGGGUUCCCUCUUGGCCCUGGUCCUGCUUGCUGGUUUGGCAUUCGCUCAUGGCGGCCAUGAACAAGUCCCCGAAGGCGAGGCCAUCUCGCUCGAGCCGAUUGAUGCGACACUAUGGACACAUAUUCUUCUCAUGGGCACUGCCUUUGGGAUCAUCUUCCCUCUGGGUAUGGUUCUUGGAAUUGUUCGCUCGCGCUGGCAUGUUCCCGUCCAAAUUGUUGGCACAAUUAUCGCUGUGCUGGCCUACUUCCUCGGUCACGCUCACAAGGGCCGUCAAUUCGGAAAAAAUGCCCAUGCCUCCUUCUCAAAUUGGUUGAUGCUGCUCUUGAUCGCGCAGAUUGUCCUGGGCUUCUACUUGAAACUGCACCUCGAAAAGGCGGGACAGGGUCGCAUCCGGUGGAUCUUCGUCCUGGCGCACGGCGUCAUUGGCAAGAUCAUGCCCAUUGUCAGCUGGACCCAGAUGCUCUUUGGUGGUAUUGCGGCCCUGGGCUUCUGCCAGGGUGACCACAUGGGCCAGUGUCUGGCGCACUUCAUUAUGGGCAGCGCCUUUAUCGCGUAUGGCAUCUGCUUGACUAUUCUCCUGCUUGUCGGUCAAUACUGGCUGCGCCGCACUGGCCGUAGUCAAGAAUUCUUCGAUUCGCUCAUCAUCGCCGCGUGGGGAUGUGUCAAUACCUUCACGGAGCAUCGUUGGGGGGGACCGUGGGUCCAUAACGACCUCCAGCACACUACAAUGGGAAUCGUCUGGUGGUGCGCUGGUCUUUUGGGCAUGUGGUUGAGUCGGAACCGCAACGGUCGUCCGAAGCGGAACUUGAUCCCGGCCAUUGUGAUCGGUCUGACCGGCUACGCGAUGUCGGCGCAUACCCAGACUUUGAUGAUCAGCACCAUGGUCCAUAGUAUUUUCGGAUACACCUUGAUGGCCGCGGCCCUGACCCGCAUCAUCGAAAUCUCCUUUGUCCUGCGCGACAAGGACAACGUCAGCAUGAGCGGUGCCGAUCCAAACAGCUUCCAAUAUUUGACGCCGUUCUUGCUCUACGCCUCUGGAUUCUUGUUCAUGGGCGCAACGGAAGAGCAGAUGCAACUCUUGAGCCAGGCGGGCAUCAUGCAUGUGUCGUACAUCUUGAUUUUGUUCAGCAUUGCCUUUAUCCUUUUCCUCUUCGUCAACAUUCUUCUCCACAUUUAUGCCGUUCACGCUUGGCCUGAAGGUGCUCCCGAAGAAGACGAAGCCGAAGGCCACAAGUACGCCGGCACCAACGGCGGCUACAUGAAUGGUCGCACCCGGGCACGCACCGCCGAUGCCCAGCGCAUCUCCGACGCCGAGGCCUUUGAACUCGAGGGCCUGAUGAGCGAUGACGAAGACGAAGCUGGAACUUCCAUGCAUCCCAAAAAGAGAACAGACGAGGAGAUGGGUGCCAAGGAAGCUUCUCGUGCAUAG